AAAUAUGACAUGAGUUAACAGAGCCCCUCUGUAUACCUUUCUUCUCUGUUUAAUUGCAAUAGAGCAAAAGCAGCUCCGGCAGCCUCUCAACCUCUUCUUAGCUCAAAAGAGCCACUAGUGCAGGCCUCCGAGGUGUUUGGGGCAGUUCUCAGCAGCUUGACAUGCCCCAUCUGGCCUCUUUCUCCUUCCCCCUUCCCUGCUGACCCCCAACUCCCUUCAGCUGGGCAGCCUGGGCCCUGUCCCUAGAAUAUCAGCACCCCCAAACGGGAUCCAUUUCCGGGUUGGGUGUGUCAAAUUUCACUUUUCUCCAUGCCUGCACUUUGAAAAGAGAAGGCAGGCGUGUUCCUUUUUGGAAUGCAGUGUGCAUAUGGAGGGGGGAAUAUUUGCUCAGACAAUUUCCCCCACCCUGUCUAUGAGAAAGCGGGAGCCCCUUGGGUGAGCCGUGCUUUGGUGUUCCCAAGCAGACCCAGUUCCCUGCGUUCAGGUUCUCUGGCAGAUCCGGAGGCUCUCUUUGCAAUCUUUUUUACUAGGAGUUCCACGGAGAUCAAAGGAGCUUAUAUACACAACAGGCAUUUGGAGUAGGAUUUAUUUUAUAAUUUUUAAAUUAAAAAAUCUAAUCAUACGCCAGUCGGGCCAUCUGAGCAGUUGCUCUAGAACAGCAAAUCCUUAACCAAAUAGUGCGAUUGUGAGGUGAGCUGAACAAUUAUUGAAAGGCGGCUUUCUCUGUAAGAGGGAUUUUAGUCCUCGCCCAGUGGCACAAAAGGGGCCGGCAGGGCAACCUCUUCUCCAGCUCUGGAAAGUGAGAAUUGGGGGUGAGGGGGGCAGGGUCGGGCAGCCGGCAGUCACUUUUAGGCAGCCAAGCACCCAGGCCGAGCGCUGAGUGCUGACUCCUGCAGCUCCAGUGUUCAGGUCCCUGGUCCCUGAACAGCCUUCGGAGGCUCUGAGCUGUAGUUGGCGGCGAGGCAGCCAGGAAUGGAGUGUGUGUUUGUGUGCAAGGGUGGGUGAGUCACAAACAUCUGCACAGUUUGGAGGUUCUGGGCAAAGAGAGGAGACCGGCAGAACACAAACUAAGCAUGACCUCUGGAAAAAACUGUCUUCAAAUAAAAAUUCCAGAUCUCAUCCCUUUCACUUCAAAUAUCCCCUCCCCCCAAAAUUAAUAUUAUUAUUUCCAAGAGCAAGGUGGAAAGCAAAGGCCAGCAAGAUGAGGCCUGCUCAUGAACCUCUGAACCUCUUCAGGGCUGGGGUCCAGUCCCACCCGCUCUCUGUCCAGUUCAGUGCCACAAAGGCCCCCAGCCUUUCCCUGGCCUGGAGCAGGGGAAGGCUGGAGUUGAGUGCGUAACUUACCCUGGGAAUCCAUCAAGUACUCAGCCUCCAAUACAACCCUUAGCCUUGGGGACUCCAGGCCAGUGACUGCAUCCCACCCAGGGGUCCUAGGCACAGAGAGUAAAUUUCUCUCCUAUAAUUAGCACUCUCUAAAAUCAUGUGUUUUGGAUUGGGGGGACUGGAGCAGCAAAUGGUAAAUGUCCCCCUUUAUUCCUUUUUGGUGUUUUUCCGAAUCCCGUUUUUGAAUUCACCUACUAAAGCUUCGGAAACCAAAAUCUGCUCUGGACACCAAGCCCCCUCCAAAUGCUUGAUUCCGGAGGCCAGGGGGCCAGGGCAGCAGCGCAGAGACCUGCGGGCCUGAUGGGGAAUGUUUUCUGAUUUCUCUAGGCUUGUUUUAUAGAAACAAAGAAUAAGUUCUCUCCCUUCCUUUCCAAGACUUGUGCAUAUUUACAGAGCUCAACUGCAGUUUUAAUAAAACAUCUGUUCUUGCUUCUGCUGAUGAGUUUCCAUAAUUGUUUUCAGACAAAUUUAACAGGAAAAUAUAAAUAUAUUUAGAAAAAUCCAAGUCCCAGUUUUCCCCCAUAGCCCUUCCUUUGCCAAAAAAAAUAAAAUUAACAUGAAAUGGGAAAAGGAAAAUAUAAUCCAAUGGAGGAAAGACCGAGCUCAUCUGACCUGCUCUCCCCCCUUGGAUCGAAUCCUUCCAGCAAAUUUCAGCUUCAUAAUUAAAGAUCUAACUGAAAGAAGAAGGCUUCUUUCCUCAGGAACGAAAGAAGGUGAUGGGGAAGAGUGUGUUGGAAAUUAAUUUUGCUGAAAGUCUUUAAGCAGUGAGGGAAUUUAUUUGUAUUUCUGCUUCCCCUUCUCUCCCCCUUCCAGCAUUUCUGCCUUUUUCACCCAGCAGCUGGUUUCUGUUCAUUAUAAAUCGGCGAGACCUUUCAGUCUCUGCCCUCUGUUUAGGGACGUAAUAAAACACUUAACUUUCCGGGCCUGAGACUUACAUUCUGCUCCUUAGGUCGCCCACCCCCCCUAAGCCCACCGCCUUUAGGCCCCGAAAGAGAAUCUCCCUAACUUUGGGGCCCCUUUCCUCUCCAGACUUGGUUGAGGAGGAGCUCAAGGAAAGUCAGGCAUCCUUGCUGGGGGGCUGUAGCACAUGCUUCCCCAGAAGCCCCUUCUUUCUUCCAAGGUCCCUCCCUCCCCCACCCACCCAUAAAAGAGAUUUUAAAAUACAUAGAAAAUCAACACUCAUUGAAAGCAAAACCUCAUUAAGACAUCCUAUCUUCCAUCAUUCAAUUUGUUGUACAUUGCAACAAUUUAAUAUCUUGAAGGAAAUAUCAGUGACAUGAUUUAUCCCUCUAGCAAUCUCUCUCUGAAGUGUGGGGGGGGAUUUACUCUCUCUCUUCUGGCCUCUUCUACUUGUUACACCACUACCUUCAGGGCAGAAAGGAGGUUGGGAACUUUGAGAGAGGCUACUUGUGUCCAGGGGUGCACUGACUUGUUCCCUAGCUCAGCCCCCAGGGAACUCUCUCCUUGUUCUCUCUCCUCCCUACCUCUUGCCCUCCAGGGGGCCUGGAGCGCAAACCAGCUGUUGGAAACCUCUGCCCAGGCAUGCCAUGAAUCUGAAGACAGCUGGAUUCUAGAGCGAAAAGCAACUCAUGUUGGCGUCUAUGUUUGUGUACCUGCCAUGUGACCCCAAAAUAAGAUAACUCAUCUCAAAAUUUCUUUCUUAAUUUAAAAACCCUCCUGUACCCUUUCACCUACAUCUCCUUGGGGAGAAGAAAGUGUGGUUCAAGAGGAGGAACCUUUAUAAUUAUAGGGGUCUUUCCCCUACUCUUCCAAAUACCAACAAAUUUCCCUCCUUUCUGAAGGAUUAGGGCUGUAUUUUUAAAAGCCAGCACAAAUUGUCUGGCAGGAAGACUCUUCAACCUCCUAACGAGGUUCAUGUAUUAACUAACAUGUUGUCUCUACACACUGUCUGCUUUUGGGUUCGAAAACUUUAUUUUUCCCCCCUAGCGACACUCCAGGGAAACCUUAAUGUUACAGAAGAUGAAUAAACGAGUUUUUUCCCAGCGUAGUCCCGUUUAUGGCUUUAUUGCUACCCAUUGAUUACUCCGCUUUGUUACACAGAAGGAAAAGAUCAUAAAAUCCGGCGACAUCCGGGUUCUUGUUAUAGCUAGUCCCCCCCCACCCAAAACGGUGAGAGGAAAAUAUGAGCUUUGACUGCUCCCUGCGCACUCCCCACCGCCCCCUCUUUGCCAACUCAAAGCAUUUUCAGCCUAUGUCACAAUAUCAAAUUAAGUUUGGAUUAAUCAGGAGAAAAAAACCCAUCUGCACACCUUCCCCUGUUUCAGUUCGCCCACUGCGGCUCCCUCGGAAGCCUCGGACUCAGCUGCCUUUUCCUAACCGUCUCUUCCUUUUUCUCAGCCUCAACGUGGAAAACAUUGGGGGUAGAGGCAAUGGAAAGGCCCGGCUCCACCAGGGAUGACUGGCACUUGGGGAGAGCUCCUCAGGAGCUCUUUGCUGAAGUCUCUAAGCCCCAGAGCUCAGGUCCAGGGCCGCCUCCCCUGGCAGGGCUGUGAGUCCGGAGGGGGCAGGGGGCUCUGACCUGUGCAGGGGCUUGAGCCUGCAAGAAGCCAACUGUCCGUCAGAGCCUCUCCAGCCUUCUCUUUCUGCCUGGAUCCAAUGUGAAUUGCCCCACCGGUCCUCGAUAGCUCCAAAUCAUAAAUUCUCACCAACAUAAACAGGAGUUGAUGUCCCUAGAAAGACUCUCAGAGUUUUCUUUCUUCUUCCUUUCUUCCUUUCUUUCUCUUUCUCGUCUUUUACUUCUUUUUCUCCUUAUUCUUUGCAAUUUUAUGCAUUUUCCCUUUUAGGCAAAGAUGCUGCAUGAGUCUUCCCCAAAAGGGGGUCCUGACAGAGAGGGCAAGGAGGCAAAGGAAAGCAAAUGUACGGCCCCUUUGCCCACUUCAGCUCUGCCAGUGUAACCUGAAGUCUCACCCUUGACCCUUUAGAUCUAGUUGCUCCCCACAUCCCUCCUAUAUCCAAGACUCUCAGCCACACUCUCCUUCUUCUGGGCAUCACGUUUUAUGAAAUUUCUUUCUACUUAUGAUUUUUUUAAUUAUUGGGAAAAAAUACUAAUUUAGUGAUGGGGACUUACUCCACGGAGUGUCAAAACCAGGAUUUCCUGUAGGAUUUCUGGGGACUCCCCUGAGCUGGGAGGGAGCUCCUCCCAUGAAGAAAUCAGGAAGUAAUUUUAGAAGGGGGCAGAUGUAAAAGAUGAAAUCAGAUUGAAAAUAUAGGGAUUUCUUCACCCCUGGCUCUGGCCACAGUACAGCAAAGUUAGCUGGGGCUGAGAGAUUUCCUGGGAGUGCAGUUCUCCUUCUCUGGCCCCAAAGCCCUGCUCACGGAGGUGCACCCCUCUUUCACCCCCAGACCAGUUCUCUUACAUAUAUAUUUUUAAAAGAAAUUCAAGUCUUACUUUCAAAGCACACACUUAGUCUCAACUAGGGAAUCAACAGAAGCAGAAGCGAUUUUUUUCCCCCUUCUUGACAUCUGGCUUACGAUUGGCUGGAAGGGGGUCAGCUGACUUUGUCAUUUUGUCUGUCCUGGAUUGGAGCCGUCCCUAUAACCAUCUAGUUCCGAGUACAAACUGGAGACAGAAAUAAAUAUUAAAGAAAUCAUAGUCCGACCAGGUAAAGGCAAAGGGAUGAAUUCCUACUUCACUAACCCUUCCUUAUCCUGCCACCUCGCCGGGGGCCAGGACGUCCUCCCCAACGUCGCCCUCAAUUCCACCGCCUAUGAUCCAGUGAGGCAUUUCUCGACCUAUGGAGCAGCCGUUGCCCAGAACCGGAUCUACUCGACUCCCUUUUAUUCGCCACAGGAGAAUGUCGUGUUCAGUUCCAGCCGGGGGCCGUAUGACUAUGGAUCUAAUUCCUUUUACCAGGAGAAAGACAUGCUCUCAAACUGCAGACAAAACACCUUAGGACAUAACACACAGACCUCAAUCGCUCAGGAUUUUAGUUCUGAGCAGGGCAGGACUGCGCCCCAGGACCAGAAAGCCAGUAUCCAGAUUUACCCCUGGAUGCAGCGAAUGAAUUCGCACAGUGUGUGUUUUGUGCCCGGAUCUCUAGGGGUCGGUUACGGAGCGGACCGGAGGCGCGGUCGCCAGAUCUACUCGCGGUACCAGACCCUGGAACUGGAGAAGGAAUUUCACUUCAACCGCUACCUAACGCGGCGCCGGCGCAUCGAGAUCGCCAACGCUCUCUGCCUGACCGAGCGACAGAUCAAAAUCUGGUUCCAGAACCGCCGAAUGAAGUGGAAAAAAGAGUCUAAUCUCACGUCCACGCUCUCGGGGGGCGGCGGAGGGGCCAAUGCCGACAGCCUGGGCGGAAAAGAGGAAAAGCGGGAAGAGACAGAAGAGGAGAAGCAGAAAGAGUGACCAGGACUGUCCCUGCCACCCCUCUCUUCUUAUCUCCCUCGCUCCCCUAACUCUCCUCUAAUCACACACUCUGUAUUUAUCACUGGCACAAUUGAUGUGUUUUGGCUCCCUAAAACAAAAUUAGGGAGUUAAGUGUGGACCUGAAAGUCAGCUCCGGACCCCUCCCUCACCGCACAACUCUCUUUCACCACGCGCCUCUUCCUCCUUGCUCCCUCGCUAGCUCCUUCUCGGCUUGUCAGCAGGCCCCUUCCCCCGCCCAGGCCUUGGGGGCUCCGGUCCCUGAACUCAGACUCCAUAGAUUUCCCUCCAAAUGAGGAAGGACUUGGCUCCCCAGACCCUCUCCAUGCCCCCGCCCCCGCCAGCCGGCUCCGGGCCCUGGGGCCUCUGCUCAGGGCCUCAGGGCCGGCCUGGCAGCAGGGGAGGGCUGAGGCCCACGGAGGGUGCGCCUUGGCCCCACACUAACCCCCAGGGCUUCCCCGCAGUCCCUGCCCGGCCCCUCUGCCCCAGCAAAUGCCCAGCCCUGGCAAAUUGUAUUUAAAGAAUCCUGGGGGGUCAUUGUGGCAUUUUACAAACUGUGACUGUUUCUGUGUGAAUAUUUUUAGCUGUAUUUGUGGUCUCUGUAUUUAUAUUUAUGUUUAGCACCGUCAGUGUUCCUAUCCCAUUUUAAAAAGGAAAAAAAAAGAGGGAAAAUCACAAAAAGAGAGAAAAAAAGUGAAUGACGUUUGUUUAGCCAGUAGGAGAAGAUAAAUGAAUAAAUAAAUAAAUAAAUAAAUAAAUCCCCUCGUGUUACCCUCCUGUAAAAAUCCGACCUCUGGAUCCGUUCUCGAAUAUUUAAUAAAACUGACAUUAUUUUUAAAA